GAGUCUUCGCAUCUUUGGUGACUUCUGACUCAAAAUAAACUAAAACCACACAUUUGAAAGAUGCCAAUUACUCUCUCUCUCCUUUCUCUCUUUCUUUAUCAACCAGUCGCAAUCGUCAGAGCGAUGCAGAAAAACUUGUACAAUGGUAAGAGAAGGACUUGCGGCUGUGGCGGCGGAUAACGGCGAAGGCUUUACUAUCUUACUCUACAUUUGGGCAGCACUUUUGGCUCUCUCCAUCAUAGCCGCCGUGACUUUCACUUGUAGCGACGGAGCUUCUAAAUCUCAAACUGACGACGUGCAUGGCUCUGCAUGUGCCGCCGGCUGUGGCGGUGGUUGUGGAGGGUAAAACGGCUGGCAGAUUUUUUUUUUUGUCAACAAGGUGCAGUUUAUCGUGUAUUAUCCGGCCUAGUGGUGACACAAAGGCGGCAGUAAUACAAACUGGUAGGUUAUGAUAAUUAAAACGGGUCUGUUUUAAAGAGGCAGUUUUGUUCAGAUUAGAGGAAUUUGAAUACAAAUCAAAUUUAGGUUCUUGCUCUAAUAUGUAUUAAUAAUUUCAAGGAAUCUGAAUACAAAUCAUACUUGCUUUCUU